AUGGGCGAGAACAAGAAGCAGACCACUGCUCAGAACAUCACUGAGAAGGCCACUGCUCCGGUGACUCCCGAGAGUGCUGUCAAAGAGCCGGUUUACCGGCAUCAGUACUAUCUGAGAUCUCGAGCCCCAAUCGGCGAAAGGACACUUCCCUUUCGCAUCGAGCGGAAGACCCCCGGCGGGCGUGUCAAUCUCAGGGUUGUCAAGCCCGGCACUUCCAAGCUCGCCCAAAGCCGAGCUUCGCUCAUCAUCCGACAAACUCCCCAAGUCAGAAUCAAGGUUAUUGGCCGCUGGGCGGGAGUAGCUCGCCUGGCUGAAGAGCGUAAGGCUGGCCAUGAGCGCACUGAGGUGCCGCUAGAAAAGCCCAAUCAAGACGAAGACGAUGCCGAGGAGUGCGUUGAGGAGGGCGACGGAGAUGCCGAGGAGACCGAGGAGUAG